CGAAGCGUUACCUCGCGUACGACCCGAUUAAUUUUAGUCUUCGCCGUUAUACAUGCUCAGAUGUUAAACUAACAGAUGAUACAACAUGUAAAUUCCCGAUACAUAAGGAUAUUUCGUUAAACUCACCGAAAAAAGUUCUAAUAGUACCGCAGUGAAUAAAACGUAAUUUCCUGUAUAUUUACUUCCGGUAUUGACAGGUCCUGUGUCGAAAUGGAGAACUUCAUCUAUGUUUUAUAUCCGUUAGUGUUCCUUGUCGCUCUUGUCUCACCUUUCGAAAUUGAUCUCACAGUAGAGGUUAAUGCAGGAACUCAGGAUUGUUUCUAUCAAACUGUUAAAAAACCAGUUGGGAUUGAAAUUGAAUAUCAGGUGAUAGAUGGUGGUGAUCUGGAUGUGAGUUUUUAUGUGCAGGCUCCUGAUGGUCGAGUGAUGGUAUCUGAUGUACAGAAGUCUGAUGCUGUUCACAAGAUCGACGCUGAGGUUGCUGGAGAUUACAAGAUGUGUUUUGAUAACACAUUCAGUCACUUCAACACUAAGGUCAUCUAUUUUGAGUUGGUGUCAGAUGAUGAUGAAGAUGAUGGCGAUGAUGACAAAGAUUGGAAUUUUGCUAAAGAAGAAUUGUCAGGUUUAAUAGAUAUGACAAUUCAAGACUUUAAGCAAAAGAUGGAAACAAUGAAGGACCAUUUGGACAAGUCUGCACAGAUUCAACAUUUUUUGAAAAAUUAUGAAGCAAGAGAUCGAAAUACACAAGAGAAUAACUUCCAGCGAGUGAAUUGGCUUUCUGGAAUCCAGGUGUUUGUAAUGGUGUCGGUUGGUCUCACACAGGUGCUGCUUAUACGUGGCCUGUUUGAUGACAAGAGUAGGGUACACAAUGUGAUGAAAGCGAGAACAUAACCCCCAAGUAAUUGUUUUUCCUUGUUAGGGUACAUAAAGUCUGUGCUGUGUCAGAAUGAUAGAAUUUUUUAAAAAAGAAUUAUUCUUAAAUUUUAGAUUUUAAUAAUCAAAAAUAUUGCCAUGAUCAAUAUCAUCAAGAUUUUGCUAGAUAGAUUUAUUCAAUUUGGGUUUUUUUAAUUUCACAAUUUUGUUCACUUAGCAAACAUAAAUUGCCAAACCUUUCAAUCAUGAGAAAUAUCAGUGACAAUAUGUUUCUAUUGUAACUUUCUGGUGAAUAAGUUUCUUAUAUUGGUGUAAAGUGACAUUUUUGAGGGGAAAAUUUGGGUUAAUGGUUUAGGGUAUAGAAUAGGUAAAACAUCUUUACAUUUUUUUUUAUAAUAUUUAUUGUGGAUCUCGUUCAGCCUUAAGUAUUUUACUUUGAAAUAUAAAUAUAAAUAAAAGAUUAAUUUUCAAUGAUAAUGGUACAUAAACAUCAAUAUUUCUUUGACUGCAAUUGAAGGACAAUUGAAAUUUGUGGUACACCAUUUAAUUUUAGUAGUUUUGAAAAAAAAAAAGUUAAAGUGAAUUUAAAAACUGCAUGUUUUUAAAUGCCCUCUUUAUAUGAUAAGGUUAACUUAAUAACGCAACUAAUAUAUAAUGUGCCACAGUAGUUCUUGUUGUUGUUUAGUUUUCAAAGCAUUAGAAAAUUCAUAAAAAGUGACUUCUAGUCAAGUUCAAGUACAUUUCAGUCGUGUGCAUUAAGUUUCAACAAGUUUCAAACGAGUCCCUUCCAAUUUCAUGGUGAUGUUAUUUUGUUUGUGAUUCUUUUUAAUUACCAUAAUAAUUUAUUCGAUUAAGGAAUAGUGAGUUAUUAGAUGUCGUGUAUAACUGAGGAAGCUAGUGUUGAACCAAUGUUAAUGAUAAAUGAGAUAUUGAUGAGAUGUAUUUUUAUAAUAUAAGAAUAUAUGUGUGAAAGGCAUUGAAGCACAACAACACUGGAAUGGUUAGGUAUCCAAGGCAAUAUUCGUAUCCAAUACACAGCGAGACAGUGUUAUGUGUAGACUUUCACUGAUCUCCUGGUGAUGGUGUUCCUAUGUUAUUUUAGAUUCUAACCUAUAAGAAAUUAUAAGAUUCUACAUAGUUUAGAGUAUUAUAUUUAGUCCUAACUUGAUAGGCAUUCCUUUACUUUCCCCAGUGUUUCACAACUAUAUAUAAUAUUGUUUAUAUUGUUGCACCUUCUCCCACCAAUUCUGGAUGGAAUGUCAACGAAAUUUGAACGUAUGUUAACCUAGAUUUUGUUUUAAUAUAUGUCAACUGAUGCAGUGUUACACAACUCCAGUUGAAAAGAGAUCAUGUUUUUGUUAUCUGGGUAUAAAAUGGAGUAACGGACAUAACGGACGACAUGGCGCCACUGGCUGUUUAUUUCUAGACAUUGAAUAUUUACAUUUCUACUGAACUUGGACUCAAUAUACCUACUUAAUAUUUUAAAGGUUAUUUUUCAAUGAACUUUUCAGUUGGCGUAUGAAUACAUCAGCAUAUUAUCAACCUGAUGAUUACUCUGUUAUUCCAAGGAGCGCGGCAAGUAGCUCCAUUCAUAGAUUGUUUGAAAUUUGUUGUUUUUUUGUCAGAAGUAUUCAAUUGAAUUCAAAAAAUAUUUUACAUCUUAAUUUGCUUAUUCAUCUUACCAGGACGACAUCUCACAGUGAGUUAUGACGUCAUAAGUUUUGAUACCUUCCGUGGUGUUAGACUUGCACAAGACCGAUAUUUUAGAAAUUAUCCGAACAAAUAUCAAUAUCACUCUGAAUGUUAAUAUAAGGAUAGAAUCCCAUUUUGUUGAGGUUUAUACCCCCCGAUAAACCUCAACAAAACAGAAUUCAAUCCUUAAAUGCAUUUUAGCUGUACCUUGCAAAUCGUGAAAAAUAAUAAUACUCAGGUCAAAAGUGAGAAGGAUAAUUAUGAGAUUAUGAACACUUAUUAUUACAGAGCUUGAGGAAGGCAAUUAGAAAACCAAAGAGGGAGAUACUCGUUCUGUGACUAAUUAAUUAGAGAUUUAUUAAUCAUAACUAAUCAUAAAGUACAGUAAUUUUGAUCGUACCUUGUAAGUUCUUUGCUUUCUAGAUUUAACAAAAUGAUUUCUUAUAUUCAAGUGUAUAUGCAAAAUGUGUUGUAUCAUAUUACGCAAGUUUCAACCAAUCAGUUUUCACAUGCAAAGGUACUGCUCAUUGUUUUUACAUAUUUUUGAGACCUUUUUGUUGUUUUCAGGUUCAAAAAAUAGAUUUAUUAACUAAAAGUAAAGUGCUUUCAUAAUAUGUUACUAGAUACAUGAUUAUUGUGAGUAGGUUUGCCAGGUUUUCAACCUUAGUCUCUAUUUGUAUGAUGGUUUCACGAACAACAGGCACAGAUACUUAUACAAGUUACUUCCCUUGAAAUUGGUUUAUUACAUUUCCAUCUGUCUUUUAGAUGUAAAUGUGUGAUGAAGCUACUGUUGACGGGUUGCACUGUCAAGUUAUUGAUAUAUUUAUACAUAUAUGUAUGUGAGAAGAAUUUUGUGAAAACAAAGUGCUCAUCAUGACUAUUUGUUACUGUGUACAGCACAAAUGUAGUCUGCUUUAAACUGACUUGUCUGAAAUCCAUAACUCUAUGCUGGAGUGUAACAUUAUAGUAGGGUACACACAGAAUUUAUCUAUGCAAGUUGUUGGUAUGUCAAAUGUUUGCUGACUUUAAACUGCUCCAUGUAUGUAUUGUUAUAUAGCUAUAAGUCUCCUACAGGUCUGGAAAGCCAGUGUUAUUCUAGUAUUUCAGUUUAAAGCUUUAUUAGUUUAUAAAAGAAUAUUUUCAAAUUUUAAAUUUGAUAACAAUUCAGUCUCCUUUCAUGUAUUUUUUCCGUGGCUAUGAGUCAAAAUUCUGUCAUGUGAGUUACCGUGGUUACGAGUCGGCCUCCCUUUUUGUGUUGCCAAAUAAAACAAGAAUAUUUUCUUAACAUAUUUUUAUGCCCCAAAAUUUCAAAUUUCAAGUUGUUUUCUUUUCUGGUAUGUGGAAUUAGUUAGUUCAAAGCAUAUGAUAGGUUUGAUAUCAAAUAUAUAUUAAAGUUUUUGUCUGUUCGAAUGGGCGAUCAGAUUUGCGUUUACAUUGACAUUUUGAUAAAUACCAGACUGCUUAAGAGUUUCCAUUCAGAAGUUUAUAAGACGUGGUGUUUAGUCAGGACUUUGUGUUACUAUGUGUAAUUCUAUCUGUCUAUGACCUGAUAGUACUGUGGUGUAUUUAUCAAGAACGUACACACAGUACAACACUCUGAACAGGGGACCACCAUUUUAAACAUCUACAUCCUACUAAACAUACGUUUUCUAAAGAUUUGGGUUUUCUGACAUUGUUAGGUGGUCCCAUCCUUUCUAUUUAGCUGUUAGAAUUCUUUACAUUUAAAAGUGGAAAUGUCAUUUCAUCAGGAAUUCCCCCCAUAACCCUGUAUAAAGAACCUCACAUGUAUCAAUAAAAAACAUGCAAUUACUUUUAAUGUAUAGAUAUUGUUUAAACACACUGUAGGUAACAUGUUCCGUUGUUGUGAUCUAGUGUGGCAUACCAGUAUAUAUAAUGUAUACCAAAGCUUCUGUCUUUUUCUAUAGUCGCCAUAUUAUGUCAGUACUGAAUGAACAGCAGAAUUUCAUUGUUUUCAAUGGUAUUGUUGAUAUCAAAUAUCUUCAUAAAAUGGGGGGGGGGGGGUACAAUCAUACAUAUAUUUCAGCAGUUAACCAGAACAAUUUUUGAAUAAUUUGAAUGUUAUACAUAAUAAAACAAAAGAGCAUUUUAAAUACUCUAAACAUAUACAAAUUUAUUAUAUAAUACACAAGUGUAAACCUAACUGCUAACCACUAUUUCCUGGUCUCCAGGUGUAUGCUUGUCCUUUGGUGGUCUGUUUCUGUGUAUUUUGAUUUCGAUUUACUUGUUUCUUUAUUUUGAAGAUUUUUUUAUGGUUCAAAAGAGAUUUUUUUGACAGUUACUACAAAAAUACAAACCAAUCUAAAACUCCUUUACUAUUUUCUUGAUGAAAUUCUUCAGUGUGAUGGCUGGAUGGUGCCGACUGUACGUUGUACUAGAUGCUGUGAUGUUAUUUAUGUUUGAUUGUUAUGAUGAGAUGAAUGUUGAGGCCUGAGAGCUAUUGUAGUGUGAUUUAUUGAUCGAAUGUCCUGUCAGAACUUAUAUAUGCAAUCAUGACUAUGCCUUAGGUUGAACUAUCGAGUUAUUGAACAAUAAAACUAUGUGAACAAUA